UAUCAAUCACAAACAGAAUUCAGGUUUAUGUACAAAAGAUUUCCCCUAAGAAUAGGUUUACAGUAAAAUGAAACAGACCUUUCUCUAUUUGGUAUGUCAGCUCUAGUUACUCUGCAGCAGCCAAACAUAUGAAAUGGCUGACUUUUUAGCGUUAAAUUCAUUACUUGGAGGUUUUGCAACUUACUCUCGGCUAAAGGGAUCAAAUGAUGAUGACUGGGCAGAUCGAUGCAACCACCUUUACACAGUCCUUCUACUGGCGUUGUUCAGCAUUUUUGUUAGUACAGGCCAAUAUGUCGGUGACCCGAUCCAGUGCUGGUGUCCGGCAGAGUUCACGUCCGCAUUUGUUGCAUAUACGAAGUACUAUUGCUGGAUUUCCAAUACCUAUUAUAUACCAAUGCGUGAUGUGAUACCAAGUGAAAUCCACUGGCGCGAAUCAAAAGAAAUCAACUACUACCAGUGGGUCCCUAUAAUCCUUCUUUUUAUGGCCCUUAUGUUUAAAAUACCUUGCAUUAUUUGGCGUGUAUUUAAUGGCGCAUCUGGCGUGAGCCUAGAGAAAAUUGUUGAUCUCACAGCAGCUACACAAAUAGGAUCACCAGUCACAAGGGAUCAAACGAUCCAUCACAUUGCUAUUUAUAUGGACCGUUGGCUCGAAACACAUCGAGAAUAUCACUGGAAUGUUAUUGUGCGUAUCAGACAGAAAAUUGCCAAAUUCUGCUGUUUCUUUUGUGGAAAACGCGAAGGCACUUACUUAACAGGAUUCUAUCUAUUUAUUAAGAUGCUAUAUGUAGUAAAUGUUUUCAGUCAGUUUUUUAUCCUAAAUGCCUUUCUUGGUCACAACUUUUAUUCGAUGUUUGGUUUUGAAGUUGUAGAAAAUUUAGCAAAGAACUACGAAUGGAGAGAAUCGCACCGCUUUCCUCGGGUAACUCUUUGUGAUUUUCAAAUCAGGCAGCUGCAAAAUAUCCAUCGCUAUACUGUUCAGUGUGUCUUGCCGAUCAACCUUUUCAAUGAGAAAAUAUUUAUAUUCAUUUGGUUUUGGUUGGUGUUGAUUUCGGCUGCUACUAGUGGUAACUUUCUUUUUUGGAUAUACCGUGUUGUAUUUCGGCAAAAUCGUGUAAAAUAUAUAAAGAAAUAUUUAAAAAUUACCAACAAUAUUCAUACAAUAGCCGAUAAGAAACUGGCCAGACGAUUCGCUGAUCAAUAUUUACGAGACGAUGGGAUAUUCGUUCUUCGACUCGUGAGCAAAAAUUCUAACGAUAUGGUGCUCUCUGACCUGGUCCAGGAACUAUGGAGAAUAUUUAGAAAUAAGCCACAUAUUAUAAAAGAUUUACCUGAAGAGACUGGUCGCCCAUCGAUAUGAACAAAAUAUGCUUUUCUGUUAGCUGUCUCAAAACUUAUAUGAAAUUAGACAGCUAGCACUAUGUUUGCAUUGAAAUGGAAAACUUCUUCGAAAUGGCUUCAAGUGGCAGAGAAAGAAAUAUUUGGAUUGGAUGUAUAUGAAAAUUUUAAACAAAAAUGUGAAUUCUUUCUGUGAUAUUAAAUUGUCAGGUUAAACAGAGUCGAAAAAAA